AUGGGGAUGCUCAGCCUGCCUCGCUUCCUCUCCUGCGGCAAGAGGAAGGACUUCAGCUUGUCAAAUGAAAAAGAUGGCCAGGCCAGUGGCAGCCAGGGGAGCUCGGAGCGUGGCAACUGGUCCAACAAAAGCGAGUACCUGCUCUCCAUGGUGGGCUACGCCGUGGGCCUGGGCAACGUCUGGCGCUUCCCGUACCUCACCUACCAGAACGGAGGAGGUGCUUUUCUAAUCCCCUACACCUUGAUGCUGGCAUUAGCUGGCUUGCCUUUGUUUUUCCUGGAAUGUUCCCUGGGGCAGUUUGCCAGCCAAGGGCCAAUUUCCAUCUGGAGAGUGUUGCCAUUGUUUCAAGGAGUGGGCGUCACGAUGGUCCUCAUCUCAACGUUUGUGGCAAUCUACUACAACGUCAUCAUUGCCUAUUCUCUCUACUACUUGUUUGCUUCGUUUCAAAAAGUGCUCCCCUGGUCAGAAUGCUUCUCCUGGGCAGAUGAGUCCUGCAGCAAAACACGGUUAGUGAGUGGCUGCAACGCGACCUUCGGUGGAGAAACCAUUCAUGCAAACUACUCCUUCAUCACCAGCCACAACCUCACCUGUCUGAAUGAUACCAUCAGCUACAGACCAGGGCAGUUCCCCAGUCAGCAGUACUGGAACAAAGUGGCUCUGCAGCGCUCCAGCGGCCUGGAUGAGACUGGGGACAUCGUGUGGUACCUGGCUCUCUGCCUCCUCCUCUCCUGGAUAAUUGUUGGAGCUGUGCUGUUUAAAGGAAUAAAAUCUUCUGGAAAGGUUGUCUACUUCACUGCCAUCUUCCCUUACGUCAUCCUGCUCAUCCUGCUGGUGCGAGGAGCCACCCUGGAGGGGGCUCGGGAGGGCAUCGAGUACUACAUUGGCAAACAGUCCAACAUCACCAAGCUGAUGGAGGCAGAGGUGUGGAAAGAUGCAGCCACCCAGAUCUUCUUCUCGCUGUCGGUGGCGUGGGGCGGCCUCGUGGCGCUCUCUUCCUACAACAAGUUCAACAACAACUGCUACUCAGAUGCUAUUUUUGUUUGUGUCACCAACUGUGCCACCAGCAUCUUUGCUGGCUUUGCCAUAUUCUCCAUCUUGGGGCACAUGGCAUUUGUGUCUGAGAGACCUGUUUCAGAGGUGGUGGACUCGGGGUUUGAUCUGGCAUUUGUAGCCUACCCAGAGGCUCUCUCCAGGCUACCAGUCUCUCCUCUGUGGUCCUUCUUGUUUUUCUUCAUGCUCCUGCUCUUGGGCCUCGACUCUCAGUUUGCCAGCAUAGAGACACUUACCACCACCUUGCAAGACAUAUAUCCUCAAGCAAUGAAGAAGUUAAGGGUCCCCAUCACCCUGGGGGUCUGCAUCGUGCUCUUCUUGCUUGGUCUUGUCUGUGUUACUCAGGCAGGAAUUUACUGGGUUAACCUCAUAGAUCACUUUUGUGCUGGAUGGGGAAUCCUUAUUGCAGCUCUCCUGGAGAUAAUUGGCAUCAUCUACAUUUAUGGAGGGAACAGGUUCAUUGAAGACAUUGAAAUGAUGAUUGGGAAGAAGAGUCGUUCCUUCUGGCUGUGGUGGAGGCUCUGCUGGUUCUUCAUCACCCCUGUGCUGCUAGCGGGGAUUUUGGUGUGGUCUUUGGCCACCUUUACAAGCCCCUACUAUGGCUCCCUGCCGUAUCCAGCCUGGGGCACUGCUGUGGGCUGGUGCAUGAUUAUCUUCUGUGUCAUCUGGAUCCCCAUCGUUGCUGUUGUGAAGCUGAUGAAGGCUGAAGGCAACCUUUGGCAGCGCGUCGUCAGCUGCUGCAGGCCAGCUCCCAACUGGGGCCCCUACCUGCAGUCCAACCGAGGGGAGAGGUACAGCCACGUUGUAGACCCCAAAAAGAAGGAGCUGGAGAUCCCCACUGUGUCUGCCUUUGUGUACACCCAGCACUGA